AUGGCACUUCAGAAUCGUACUGUUGACCAUGUAUUUGGCUAUUGCUCAAAAUCCAUUGACAAAAAGGAGGCGACAGAGUCUGGAGCUGCUUCUUUAAAUGUUGUUGUUGCUGCUGAACCUGCUGUUUUAGUGACUGAAGCUGAGGCUGAUGCUCAUCCUGAAGCUGAGGCUGACGCUCAUCCUGAAGCUGAAGUUGCUGAUGAAAACCCAACUUAUUUUGAAGCUCUUAUAGUUGAGAAUGUUGAUGCCGUCCGAGCUGGCACUGAAGCUCAUGACGAGGAGCUUCCAAUCACCUCUGUAGCUAAUGCUAGUGAUAUGGAAGACGAUGAUGAAGACGGUGGUGAAGAUCUGGAUGAUGAUGAUGACGACGAUGAUGACGAGUUCACCAUUCAUUACCAGAGACCUGACGAUGCUACGAAAGGCGUCGCCCUCAAGGAUUCUACAUCCCAAGGGGAGCAAGGGGAGAAAGAGAAAGAGAUUUAA